GCGGCCACCAAUGAUGAAAUUACCAGUUUAGUUGAGCAGUUGUAUUCUGCGGAUGUAAACAAAGCUGUCAGUAGUGACAUUACCUUGAAUCUCCAGUACUUGGCAUCCAGCUCCCAGACAAGCUCCGGAACAGACUUUGCCAGCCAAAAGCUUUUCAGCUAUGUCAAUGAGGCCAAACUGUUUGCCCGUCCAACCUAUUCCCGAUACAUUGCUCUGCUUGACAAUUAUGAGAAGAUAACUGGAACAGCAGAAACGGUACCCAGUGGAGAGGUCACAGAGCAAAAUGCUUUUAUUGAUGAGGUCUUUAAGACUUCUAUCUUCAGCUUACUUUCGAAUUUCUUAGUUUCCAAAGGUUAUUAUACAUCAUCCACCACAAGCUUUAAGGAUGACCUGAAGUUGAUGUGGUUUGGAUUGUAUACCCGUACCAAGGGGCCCUUGGAUUCUUCAGGCUUUGAGCACAUAUUUCAUGGUGAAAUCCAUAAAAGAAAGAUCUCUGGAUUCCAUAGUUGGGUUCAGCUCUACCUGUUGGAGAAGGCUGGUGAAAUUAACUACUUGAGCUACAGCACAAAUGGACCAUGGACAAAUUAUCCUGAUGUGUAUUCAUUCCAGUUUAAAUGGUCCACUUAUCUGAAGUCCCUAGGAUCUUUUUUUGUGGGAUCUAGUCCUGAGUUUGACAUAGCAAUGUACACACUGUGCUAUGUAACUCGUGCCAACAAGCGGUGUAUCAUCAGAUUUAAUGGUCAUUCUGUGAAAAUCCAAACUUACACCUGGGCUAAUUCAUCCUAUGGAAAUGGAAAAAGAUAUGUGGCAUCUUCUUAUCCUGCCGUCUAG